AUGCUAACUGCUCAACAACUCGAACCCACCAUAACCAGUGUUGAGAUGCUCAGGAACAUGAAUGCAACAGUGGGGUACUGCAACGGGUCCUUUAUCAACCACUACUUGAAGGAUGUUCUCGGUUUCAAGAGCAUCAAGAUUAAGAGCUAUAACUCAACUCCUCAAUAUGCACAAGCCCUAAACAGAGGCGAAAUCGCCGCCAUAUUUCUUGAAGUUCCGGUAGCCAAAGUCUUCCUAGCUCAGUACUGCAAGAGCUUCGUUAGAACUGGAGAGACAUUCAAAGUUGGUGGAUUUGGAUUCGCAUUUCCAAGGGAAUUUUCAUGGCUUUCUGAGGCAAACAAAGCCUUAAUGACUGCAUCAGAAAGUGGGAAACUGAAAAAACUUGAAGACACGUUUCUUACCUCCGAGAAGUGUGUGGACGAUGAUGAAUCGUUUCCUAACGAAUAUGAGAGUCUUAGCCCUCAGAGCUUCUCGACACUAUUUGUGUUAACGGGAGGGACAUCAACUGUUUGUCUUGUCGUCUACAUUUUGAAAAGGAUUGGGAGGCGUUUGGUUCGCAGAAUGUAG